CAGCCCUGAGAUACAUGAAUGAGAGAGGGGGUAUCGAUAUUACUUUUACGUUAACCAAUCACAAACGCCGAUACGAGAUAUUGACCAAUCGACAUGUAGCAACGUUUUGCAGGGAGCUAGGGUGGGUGAACAAAAGUGGACACGCAUUUUGUCUUUCUUUGCUAACUUGAAACUUACUAGGGUACUAAGGGUAAAAAAUGGAAGAGCAAAAUACACAACAACAAAACGUGGUUAGUUCCUUGUACUCUUUACUGGAGUCUGCCAAAUUGUCCGAUUACUAUGACAGAUUUCUGCAACAAGGUGGAGAUGAUAUCGAUCAGCUUUGCGAGGCAACAGAGAAUGAGUUUAAAGAAAUUACAAAAAUGGUUGGUAUGCAUACAAAGCCAUUGCAUAUCCGUAGACUACAGAAGGUUUUACUCGAGUAUUGGGCAGAGAAAUCGAAAUUGGGCACCACAAAAGCCAGUUCUGUUACCCUUGGUGGUCCUUCAUGGAUAGAAACAUGGAAUACAGAACAGAGCUCCCAAAUGAGAAGCAGUGGUUUAAGUCUUACAAACCCAACUACCACUACUAUAAAAAUAACCACAGGAAGCCCUGUUGAGAGUGCAGAGGUGCAAACCUCACCUGCAGCGACUAAAAGAGGAAGGCCACCUAAGGGACUGAAGAGGAAUAUGAAAACCGGAGUGUUUGAGUUGAAACUACCUGCAAUGGAAGCUAUAAUAGAUUGGGAAAAUUUAGAUGAAGAACGUAAACAGCUGAUACGUGAACAUUCAAAAAUUUAUGGCAGAGAUGCAAAAAAGAGAAAGUGCUUAGAUUUAAAUAGCCAUGAGCAAAUAAUCAAUGAAGCAGCAGCUCAAUUGUGUUUAAGAGACCCAACACUUCUAGUUAGAAGAGAUGAACUUUUUACUCAGGCAAGGCGUAUAGUUCGUGACAGUGGGUUUUCUUUCGUCCAUGGUCAUUCUCGUUCAAAGUUUGCUGGUGAAUUGAGUGCAGCUGAAGCAAUAGUAGAUAAGGAUGCAUUCAGGUCUGCAGGAAACAGGUCCCUCCGUCAAGAAAGACUGAAGAAUGUUAACACAAUGAUUGAAAAACAUAGAGAAAGACAAGUCAUGUUGAUUAAGAAGAGGACAGAGUUAGAGAGCAAUAAACAACCGACCAGUGAUUUGCAACAGGAACUAAAUAGUGUUACAAAUAAAUUAGAAGAACUGCAGACAGAGCAAAAGCAACUCCAAAAAAAGCAGCGUCGAUCUGAGAGAUAUUUUCAUAACAAGGAUGCUCAAAAAAGAUCAUCACUAACAAUGUGUGAUACCAGUCAGGCAACAGAAACAGAAGUACCAAUGCAGGAAGAAAUGCAGCCAGAAAAUGCAGAGGACCAGCACUCAGUUGUUGUGACAGGAAUAUUGCAACCUACAGAUGAUUCGAAUACGCAACAAGAUCAUGGUUCAUCCGACGAUCCAAGCGGCAAUCGCACGUUGUUUGCCAUAAUCCCACAACAACAGCUAACCGGUGAAGGGGCGACUUUAGAUCAAAACACCAUUAAUAACCUCUUGAGCCUUGCAAAUGAACAAGAAAAGUUGAAUACGAGCCCAGCCUAUCAGACUAUCCUUGGACAGAUCGGAAUACAACCCAGUCAAAUCACACCACAACUGAUCUCUCAAAUCAUGUCCACGAGCACAGCAGAGCAACCCACCAUGAGACAAGACCAACAGCAAUAUGUGACACAGCAACCUGACAUGACUGUUGUUGAACAGCUUGCAACGACCACGACACCCACCGAGCUCAUUUCUUCGGAUUCAAAUGCCACGCAUACUGUCGUGGCCUCACUUCAGGAUCAGUUUGUUCAGCCACCGGAUUAUACAUAAAUAACUGUGAAACAACAGAGACUGUAUAUACUGGAAUAUUUCUAUUCCGUUCCGUAAGACUAUAUUCUAGGGGUGCAUGUAUGGUAAGUAUAUACAAUGUAUAUAUGUAAAGGAACUAUCAAGUGUUCAGGUAUAACUAGCUAGCCCUAGUAAAACGAGUAAUAUAUUAUUCCAACUAUUGACGACAUUUUAACAAUGACAAUGUACUUUACAGGGUGUAUAAAAAAACUACAACCCACUUCAUAUUCAUAUAUGUUCGCUUCUAUUCAAUAGCAAAAGAUCGUAGGCCCCUGGGAAUUAUUGAAGUAGCGCUUUUUUUUAUACACCCUGGAGAGCCAGGAAUAUAUGCGACAUCACAGUUAAAUUGAGAGCAUCGUAAUUUAAUUUGUUUCGAAAUGUAAAAAUCUGAAAAUUAUAUUUUUAUU